UGUCGGACUUGAACAGUGGCUUCAAACUGCAUGCAAUCACCAUGCUAUCUAUCUGCAUGCUAUCUUGUAUUUUGAUCUUCAAUAAAUCAGCGUGUUGCCUGAAACGACUGGGCAGGAUUGGAGAAAGGCUAUAGGACGAUUGGACAGAUUGUCAAUGAAAAUCAUUGCCAGAAUAAUUUAGUCACGGCAUCUUUCCGGCAUUCGGCGCGGCUUUGACGAUCAUGGUUCCCAAUGAUGCCUGAGAAAAUACGAAGAGUCACUGAAGGUGUUUGAGUGGGCUUUCUGGUUUAUUGCUGUUUAUAUUGAUUGGAAUAAAGAUGACUGAGCGGCGCGAGUACGGUGCGGUGGACCGUCUGACGCACGGCCUGCAGGCGGGCCGGCCGCAGGCGGACGCCCCCGUCCACCCCGUACAGUCGGCCGUGGCGCGACAGGAGCGACUCGAGGCCGGCCUGCGCUCCGACUGGCUGCGCCAGGUGCAGGGCGUGCACGCGCCGCUGCGGCUGCACGCCGAGAAGCGCGCCGCCAGCCGCGUCGGCCGCCUGCCCUUCCUCCAGUCGUCCAACAUCAUGAUGGACACGCUGACUGGACGCGACGAGACGCUCGACUUCAGCGACUACCUGGGCGCCGUGGACGCCUCAGAGGUGAUGGGACAGCCGCACGCCGUCGUCGAGAAGUCGCUCGGUCUGCUGUGAUGAUCGUCACUAGAAUAACACAUUGCAACACCUUCUGGGCCAGCCGUCCGUCCGUGAGCACCAUUCGCGGCCGUAUUUGAACAACUGUCCGACUGAGCCUUCGUCAGGGACGGCUCCCGAACCGUCGCUCCUCUACAAAAUAGGGGACGCAACUCACGCCGUAAGUCUGAGGUCGCUUGCAUUCCCAGACUUUUGAACUUACCGCCGACGAUUCGGCGUAUGUCAGCUGCGAUAUCGUCGCUGCUCGGGAUUGGAAAGUGACUCAGUUCAUAAAAAUACAGAUUUUCGAUGUCA